AUGAAAAAGUCUCACUCGGAUCAACACUUCCCUCCCACUUCAUCAUCAUCAUCGGGAACAAGAAGAACAGAGGGUAUGAUACCGCUGGGAUCUACCCCUCAACAAACACAACAAAUAAUACCUAAUCCCACAUUGAUCAAUCCACAAAUACCACCUAAUCAAAUACCACCAUCCUAUCCAAAUAUUCAACCAAGAACUAGUAAUUUAUUACCACCAACCCAUCCACAACAACAACAAGUAAACUCAUUUGAUCAACAACACCACCCACAACAACAUUUAGGAGUAAAUUUACCACCAUCAGGAGUUUCCAAUCCUUUUCUUCAACAAUCCGUACAACAAUAUAAUACUUUUUAUGUUGCUCCGGGAUCCACUGGAAGUUCUCAUGGUAUGGUUUCACGAUCGAGUGAUUCUUCAUUACAGUCAGGAGGUUAUCCAAUGAUGACACAAUCAAAUACUACAAACGGAGCAUUUUCAAUUCAAAACGCAAUGAACUUUUUUAAUAGUACCGUUACAAAAUAUGUGAAUCUAGUACAAUUAGCAAAUAAUGAUGAUAGAAGAAGAGCACUCAAAGUUGUGAAUGAUUGUGAAGAUAUUGUUACUCAAGUUUUGGAAUAUCACAAUUUAAACAAUCACAAAAAUAAGGAAAUGCUCUUGGCAGCAUGCUUUGAUCAAAUGUAUUUACUUUUUCAAUCUUCUCAACAGCAACAACAACAAAAUGAUUUGAGAUAUAUCUAUGUGAGCAUUUCCUAUCUCGCUAAGAAACAUGUUGAAGUAUUCAACACUGAAGAAAUCAAACAAAGACUUUUGGGUUAUUUAUUCUUGACAAACAAACAUUUUGGAGCAGCGAGUACUCCUCAGAACCCAUCAUCAUCCACUACGACGAGUAGUAGUAGUACUACUAUGACUGGUGGUGGUACUAUUAGUGGUGGUGGUUCUGUUGUUUCAGCAUCAGGAACUUCUACAGGCACUUCAGCUCAAAACACUUCUGUGAAUACUGCAGUGAUGAAAAAGGGAACUUAUUUAUGUUUGUUAUGUUGUGAUAUUUUAUACAAACUUUAUCAUGGAAUUGACCCAUUCACAGUUCAGAAUGCUGGUGAAAUGGCUGUACAGCUCAGUGGUUAUACUAGCAAUAGUAUGAGUGGUGGUGGUGGUACUAGUGGUGCAACAUUGAUUCAAGAUAUCUCUCCAAAAUCCACUCAAAAAUCUCAUCAUCUUGUAACAGGUGUGAGUGAAUGGAGUUUAGAUUUAAUUUGUGCUCUCCUCAAUGAUAGCUUAGAGGAUCGAAUUUGGUGUGAAUACGAAUAUGCAAAAGAUUUUGUAGAUUCCAUAUUAACUGGUAUUCGAGAUUUAGAUUCAUCUCCAGUUCUCAAUGACAUUGAAGCUCAAUCUGUGCCAUGUCGAUACAAUGACCCUUAUACACUUUCAAGAGUGAAGGAAAUUGUUGUUUCAUUUGUAGAUCAAUUUAGAAAUAAUACCUCAAAAAAGAGAAUUGAAAAUAUCAUUAGAUUUUGUAUUUACUGUUUGAAAGUGAGAGAAGUGAGAAGUUAUGCAGCACGAUCGAUGGAGUCAUGGCUUAGUAGUUCCAAUGUCAUUGUCGUCAAGUAUGCAAAAGAAUUACUUCAAAGAAUGACUCUUUAUAUUCGAGAAGAUGUUCCUGACUUGUAUAAUGAAGGUGAUCGAUUUGCAUUUGAAAGUAUUGUAAAUAUGAAAUUGAAACCAGCAAAUAUUUCAACUCAAGUCGAUGCUGUCUGUGGAAUUGUGAAAAACAAUAUUGGAUAUCCAGUAUUGGCUCUAAGAAAAUUUUUGAAUAUUGAAGCUCAACCACAUCAUAAGAGUAGUAACACAUUCAAGAAUUUAUUAAGUAUAUUCAAAGCCAUUCCUUCUUAUAGAGAACGACAAUUAGGAUAUACAUUACAAGAAAUGGUUGCUGCAGCAGGUGAUGCUGAGUAUUUUAAGAGUUUUAAAUUAUUGACUCGAAAGAUUAUCAAACAUUGUUAUACAACAACAACAACCACUGCCAUCACCAUCACCACUACCACUUCAUCAUCAACCACCACAUCAUCAGCAACCUCAUCAGCAAAUCUCUCACACAAUGUUCCAAGUGCCUCUGCCACCACUAGCACCACCUCUACCACCACCACUAGCACUGCCUCUUCUUCUCCCUUUGAUUUUGUAGAUUUGUGUGCGAGUUUAUUCUCUCCUAGAGAACAAAUGAAACAACAGCCAUUUACCACACGUAAACGAUGGAUUAAUAGUUUAUUUGAAUUGGUACGAACCAUUGUCAUUACCAUUGUCAUGUUACACACCUCUAAAGAAAUUGAAGAUCAAGAUUUGAGAUUCAAAAUUGCAAUCAUCCAAAAAGAAGCCAUUGAAUGGUGUAAAAAUGUAUUACCUCAAUACUUACCAGAACUUUCCAAUCGUCAAGAAGAAUAUUUUAAUUAUGUGAGAGGUUUUCUUUUCUUUGAUUAUCAAUCCUUUAGUGAUGCUAACGUUCUACAAAGUGUAUUGGGAGAAGUUCCACCCAAUCCAACAGCUGCAUUUGAACAAGUACGAUAUUGGUUAGAUGAAUUACCAUGUGAAGAAAUGACCACCAUUCAUGUUCAACAAAUGGCUCUCUAUGAUAAUUUACUCAAAUAUGCAGAUGCUAUUUUUGUUGUACAGAGUUGUGUGUUCCGAGCUGCCAAGUUGAGAAAUCGAUUAAUUUCUCUCAAGCAACAACAACAAGUCUCUCAACAACAGCAGUUACAACAAGUCUCUCAACAAUUACCAACAAUGACAACUACAUCCAUGAUGAUGGGAAAACAUGUUUCUCAACAACAACAACAACACCUCUCUCUACAACAACCACUCACAAUAUCACCCAUUCUCUUAAAACAUUGCCUUCCAGUCUCUACCUUUGAUGUCAUUCAAAAUUUGUUAGAUUUAUGUAAAUUUAAUGCAUUACCACAAGUGAUGGAUGAAAAGAUACCUUUCCGAGAUGAAAUUGUAUUGAGAAUGUGGUAUUGGAAUGCAAUUAUCGUUGGUGUUAUGAUCAUUGCACUCAAUCCAAAUACAUUGGCUGAAUAUGCAUUGAAUGUGAACACUCCAUAUCCUACAUUUCGAACCAUUCUAGAAUACAUGUUAAAAAAUCAAUUACCAUUAAUGGAAUAUGAAGUGGAAAGUGAGCAAUUACAGAGAGAAGAAAGAGAUUGUAUUGAAAGACAUAUUCGAAAGAUUAUUCAAAUUCAAAACGAUCGUUCGAUUGAACCUAAACGAUUUGAAAAUGAUUCAGUACAGACAUGGAUGGAUACAUUUAUGAUUCAUGAGAAGGCUCAACUUGGUUCAAGAGAAAGAAGAGUCAUGCCAAUUUCACUUCAAAGAGAACUACGAAGAUAUGAUAGUGAAUAUCAAUUGGGAAGAUCAUUGAGAGCAUGUCGACAACCUGAUUUCUUGAUGCAAAUGAUUCAAAGAGAACCUUCACCAUCUCAUGCUUUGAAUUGGAUUGAUGGAAUUAUUCAAAUGAGUCAAGAAGAUGCCAUUUGUACCAUUCAUGUACUUCCACCAAAUGUGUUGUGUGAAUAUCUCAUGUCAAUUUUUAAAAGAAAGAAUCAAAGCUAUCAUGGUGGUCAUACAAGUGGUGGUAUGAGUAGUCAUAUGAGUGGUAUUAUUGGUAGUAUUGGUAGUAUUGGUGGUCAUACAAGUGGUCAUAUGGGUACUCUUAGCGAUGGUACUACUAGUGGCACUGGUAGUACUACUUCUUCUUCUGGUCAACCUCACAUUUCACAACAAGUCUUGAUUCAUCAAAUCAUUGAUCGACUGAGAUAUUAUUUGAAAGGUUCUUCUGAAAAUGAUAGUUUGGAGGUUUUCUAUUUCUUUUUAAGAAAGUUGGCUCAUGAAGAUGUGACUGAAAGAAAAUUAGCUCAAUUCUCUCUCAAGAAAUUAUUUAUGUCUCCAAAUGACACUCAAUGGAAUAUUGAAUUUGAUUGGAUUGAUGAAAUUCGUUCAUUGACAUACUUUUCAAAAUGUCACAAAAUCAUUUGGGAAACAUUUAGCAAAUUAAUUCUAUUAGAAACAGAUAUCAAAUUUGUGAGCACUUUCACAGAUUUUAUUUACAGUAACGACAUUGCACCUUGUAUUGAAAUUUCAUACAUUCUCUCCAAUCUCUUAACUCAACGCACCUACUUUAGCGAAAAACUCUUCUCAACCAAUUAUAGAAAUAUCAGCGAAAAAACACAAGAAAUUUUUUAUCAUGGAUUUGAAUGGAUCAGAGAACAUCAAGAAUAUUUAAAAUCUUCAAAAGAACAUCAAGAAUAUUUCAAUAGAGAACAAGAAGAACCUCCUAUCAUCAUCAUUUAUCAAAGUGAUUAUAAUAAUCAAAGCAUCUUUGAAAGAAAGAAUGAUUCUGUUAACGAAGCUAAUGUACAACAUGGCACACCAUUACGAAUGAGAUUAUUAUUUUUAGAAGGACUCAUUUCAUUCUUAUCCAUCAUUUACUCGAGAAAUAAUACAACGACGAAUAUUCAAUACAUUCAAGAAUGGGAGAAUAUCAUGACUUUAUUCUCUCAACAUGCCUAUUAUGUGCCAAUAUUAACACCUGAAAGAAAAUAUCCUCUGAUCUCUAGAGAGUUGGCUUUCAAAUGGAUUGUUUCUAAUUUAUGUAAUCUUGUAGACAUUAGUGUUCAGGUAUUACCCAAUGAAGAUUUAUUACAAUUAUUAGAGAGUGAAUACAUUCUCACGGAUUAUGCGAUGGGAUGUAUUUAUGAAAGAUUCUCCAAAUGUUCUCAAGAUGAUCUAUUGGAAGCAUUCAAGAGAUUGCAAUCCUCGAUUGGAACUACUACUGCUCUUAAUACUGCUAUUCCUACGACUACUACUUUCGAUAGUACUACUACAAGUAGUAGUACCAUCACCACUAAUACCACCAAUACCAAUACCACCACCACCACCACUCGUACUACCACCACCACCACUUGUACUACGAUUCAUUCAUUUUUAAUGAAUAUUGAAAAUUUCUUACAAAUGUCCAUCUAUGCAAACAAAAAUAAGGAUUAUCAUCAUGUGCAACAGAAACUUUUGAAAUGCAUUCAAUCGUACUAUCAAGUAUUAGGUAUUGAAAAUUCAUCCAUGAGAGAGUAUUCUCAAGAAGAGGAUGAUGAUUUUGAUGCCUAUGCCAAUAUGGAACAAGUGGAAAAGGUACAAAAUUCAAUGCUCACCCAAGAGGAUGAGAUGAGUAUUGAACAAAUUAGAGGAUACUCUGAUGAGGCUACCAAAUCAUUCCUUUAUUCGAAUCAUUUACGAGAUAUUAUUCAUCCAAAUCAAGAAAGAGAAGAAAUGAUCACUUUUGUAUUGAAUUUUGUGAAUUGUGUUGAGAAUGUGGAGGAUGACUCUCGAAAUGAUCAUAUUCACUUGUUGUCUUCAUUGACCGAAGAGAUUUUAUUGUAUUUGGUGGAAGAUGAUUCAUGCAUGAAUGAAAAGUUGCAACCACAUGCACCCUAUGGCUUUGUAUUGUUUUGUGUAUUGACUCUUUCAUUGAACUAUUCACUUCUCAAUGAUAGUGGAAGGGAGAAUCUUUUGAAUAUCAUCCUUUUAUGUCGAGAACGAUUUGCAAUGGAGAAUGAUGAGAAUCUAUCAACGACUUCCAUACUACAUUCUAUUAUUUAUUCAUAUACUCACAUUCUGUUUCCAGUCUCAUUGGAUAUUUACAUUGACAAUCAAUUAUUGACACAAUUUGUGAUGGAAAAUUCAAAUAGGAAUGAUAUUUCUCUCUAUCAGUACUGUCAAGAAAUGAAUAAGAAUUUCAAUGCCUUUGACGAGAAUUGGAAUCGACCAAAUGAUGAUGAAAAUGAUGAUAACGAACGCACUCUUUCCACAAUGACAUUAUUCUUGUGUCGAUUAUUGGAUUUGGGAUCUUCAGUCACUGAAUUUGUGAUUAAUUAUAUUGCACAAGACGAAAAUUUCAUUCCUAAUCAUCGAUCGAUCACUACGACCACCAACACUUCUACUACUACCACUUCUACUACUACCACUUCUAUUACUACCACUUCUAUUACUACCACUUCUAUUACUACAAGAAAUACUAGUUGGAUCAACAAUAACAAGAAUGGAAUGAAAAGAUUAUUGAGAAUAUUUUCAAAUAUCAUUCAUGAGAGAACAACAAGACAAAACCUUCUGAUCGGUCAGAAUGGAGCAACAGCAGCAGCAGCAACUCACAAUCAUGAUGAUGGCAGUGUGAACACUCUACCCAUCGAUUCAAUGCAACUCAAUUUAUUGAGUGGACUUGUAUUGGAUUGUAUUUCUCAAAAAGAUCCAUCCAUAUUUGAUGAUGUGACUAGUUCAUUGGUAUUUGUGAGAGGUGAACAUGUUGAGACUAGAAAUUAUUUAUCGACCUGUUUGAUGAGUUCAAUGAUUCAUUAUAGUUCGAGAAGAGAAUUAACAAACAUUUUGGAGAAGGUUUACAAUUUAUUCAAAGAAAAUCAAUCAAUUCCAUUCUCUCAUCAAACGAAUUCAUUGUUGGAACAACAGCAUGAAAUUCCUCUCUUUUCACAAUCCUUGUUGAGUUUCGUACAGGCCUAUCGAUCCACCGUUCAAGUCAAUGAUGACAUUUACACCAACAGUCGACUCAAAUUACCCAUUGUGUUGAAUUCUGAAAUUUAUUCAUUGGUGAUUUAUUGUGUGUUGGAUUUGAUGGAACAACUCUUCAGAUGCUCCUUCUCACAACAACAACCUCAACUGUUACUAGUAGAAGAAGAACCACCACUCGAUUCAUCAUCAUCAUUGAAAUAUCCACAAUCCAAUGACAAUACCAAAUGUUGGACCACUAGCACUUGUACCACCAACACCAACACCAACACUCUGACCACUCUGACCACUAGCACCACUAGCACCACCACUCACAUUCCUUCAUUCUUCAGAAAUGAAAACACCUAUGAUGUGGUUCUAUUGACCAUGCUCAGUCAAAAUCCAUAUUCCGAUUACUUGAGUUUAUUCCUCGAUCUCAUGUCCAGUCAAAGUGAUCGUGUUGGAGAUUUAUUUGUCCAUUUCAUUCUGGACAAGUAUGGAUUACAACCAAAAACAAAGAGUCUCUUGCGAUGGAUGUACUGUUGUUUCCCAACACAAAUUUCAAAUGAAUUGCAAAGGAGAGGAAUCUCUGAGAGUGAAAUGAAUGCAAUUCUCUCUUGUUUAGUUUCAAACAAAGUAUUGAGAAAGAAUAUGACUACAAGUUUAGAUGCCAUGCUUCACCGAUUAGGACAUUUAUUAUCAUUUUACUCCUAUUCGGAUAGUAAUAUGGAAAUAUCUAAUUUUGCAUUUUCAAUCUUCAGACAAAUUGCAUUUCUAUAUCCUUAUCUAGUGAUUCGAUAUUUAGAUAAUAUUCUCGCAUUGAUUGAAACGAAUUUCACAUCAAAUUCAAGUCAAGAAGAAAUGAAACCAGUGCUUCGAAUUAGUACUCAAAUCCUUGCGAUUUUAGAUGCAUUGAGACCUCACAUUUUCAAUUUUAGAGAAAUUCUUUUAGAUGAAGUGUUAGAUGUUUAUUUUGUGAUUUUAAAUCAAUCACUUCUUGUUGCUCGAAAUGAUCAACAUACCCAUGUUGAAUUUGUUUCAAAAUUCAUUGAUUUUAUUUGCAAUUAUAUUUUAUAUUUGAUGGAUGAAUCAAAGAGCCAAACGAUGCAACCCGUGGUGGAACAAUUGAACUUUUUACUUUCACAGAAAGAUGUAUUCAGUAAGGUUCAAGAAAUAUUUCCAGAAAUAUCUAAAAUCAAACUUUUACUCUCCAUUAUUCAACAAUUGAGCGCUUUACGAGAGAUUGCACCAACAAUAGAAUAUCAUCAGGAGUCAUUGAGUGGUGUUCUUGUUGCAACUGGUGGUGCUGAUGGUGAUAGGAAUACUAUUAAUAAUACUAUGAAUAGCAUUACUAUGACGAAUAACACGAUGAAUACUAGGAAUACAACAACAACAACUCAUUAUUCAAGUGUACGACAUGGAACUGACACUCAUGCACUACUUCUUGUGAAUAAGAAACAUUUUACCAUGUUACCUUUGAGUGAUGAAGAAAUAUUUGAAAUGAGAUUGAGAUUGCAUUAUACACAAUUCUUAACUAGUAGUAGUAGUAGUAGUUUUGAUUCCUCUUCACUUCAUCAUCACAGUGGUGGUCUAUUUGCUUCUCAUUUAACCUUUUUGAAUCAUGAUCAUGAUCAUCACUACCAACAACUGAGUCGACACAUGCCUAAUAUAAUCACCACUACUGUCAACACCAGCAGCAGUAUCCCCACCACUACUGUCAACACUACCAACAACAGAGAGGAUCAUUCAACAUCAUCUCAUCCAAUAUUCUUUGCAGAAUAUUCUUCAAAUGUUCACUACAAUGCUUCUCAAUUGAAAACUAAAAACAGAACACUUAUGGAUACAUUGGCAGAAAUUGAUAGCAUUUCUCAAUAUGAACCUGGUGUCAUUAUUCAUUUCGUUCCACAAUUAUUAGAUCUUUCCAUUCAAGCUAAGAACAAUCGACAAGUUAUGGAAAUUGCAUAUCAAUUACUUGUAAGAGUAUUACAACAUGAUUCUAAACAAUACUCUAAAAUUAUUCCAUUCUAUUUGGAUUCUCUGUUGCAUGAUAAUUCCAAUGUUCGAGAAAUGGCAAUCAAAUAUGCCUAUGAUUUAUAUCCAUUUUGUAACACGAGUGAAUCCAAACAAUUGUUACUGGAAAGAUUAUUUGUCAUUGCUGAGAAGGAACCACCACGUGUGUUGCAUUCGAACCUAAGUCCAACUCUCUCUCAGACGGCUAUGAGAACUCUCACUAAGAUUAUUGACAUGUUGAUUAAGAUUAACUAG